AUGGCGCCCGCCGUUGGUGGUCCUAAAGGCUACACUCCACCCGAAGGCGGCUGGGGCUGGAUGGUGGUGAUCGGGGCUUUCAUAUCAAUUGGCUUCUCUUAUGCAUUCCCCAAGUCCAUCACAGUCUUCUUCAAAGAGAUCGAGGUAAUCUUCGACGUGACCAGCAGCCAGGUGUCCUGGAUCUCCUCCAUCAUGUUGGCCGUGAUGUAUGGCGGAGGUCCCAUCAGCAGCAUCCUGGUGAAUAAAUAUGGGAGUCGUCCUGUUAUGAUGGCCGGAGGAUGUCUGUCUGGAUUGGGCCUCGUUGCUGCCUCGUUCUGCAAUUCUAUUGAACAACUGUACUUUUGUAUUGGAGUGGUGGGAGGUUUGGGUUUGGCCUUCAACCUCAACCCAGCCCUCACCAUGAUUGGAAAAUACUUCUACAAGAAGCGUCCUAUCGCUAAUGGCAUUGCCAUGGCCGGCAGUCCUGUGUUCCUCUCCACCCUGGCUCCUUUGAACACCUGGUUCUUCGACCGGUUCGGCUGGAGAGGAAGUUUCCUGAUCCUCGGCGGCCUGCUCUUCAACUGCUGCGUUGCCGGGUCCCUCAUGCGGCCCAUCGGACCCAAACCCAGACCAGUGGAGGAGUCCACAGAGAGCAAGACUGUGAUCCAGACCAUCAACAGCUUCAUUGACCUCUCUUUGUUCAAGCACCGUGGGUUUUUGCUUUAUAUCAUGGGCAACAUCAUCAUGUUCUUCGGCCUCUUUGCUCCUUUGGUGUUCCUCAGCAACUAUGCCAAGAGUAAAGACAUCCCUAAAGAACAAGCAGCCUUCUUGUUGUCUGUGCUCGCCUUUGUUGACAUGGUCGCCCGGCCCUCAAUGGGCAUAGUGGCAAACACCAAAUGGGUGCGGCCCAGGAUCCAGUACUUCUUUGCUGCGUCUGUGCUGUACAACGGUGUGUGCCACGUGCUAGCUCCCAUGUCAGUGGACUACAAAGGCUUUGUAGUUUACGCCAUCUUCUUUGGGUUUGCGUUCGGCUGGCUGAGCUCAGUGCUUUUUGAGACCUUGAUGGACCUGGUGGGAGCUCAGCGCUUCUCCAGCGCUGUCGGCCUGGUCACUAUAGUGGAGUGUGGGCCAGUGUUGCUGGGCCCCCCUUUGCUUGGAAGGUUCAAAGACAUAUAUCAUGAUUACAAGUACACGUACCAGGGCUGCGGGAUCAUCCUCAUCAUCUCCAGCAUCUUCCUGUUUGCGGGGAUGGGACUCAACUACCGGCUGCUGGACCAAGAGAAAAGAGAUGAGGAGAGGAGGGCCAGGGGGGGAGGUGGAGAGCAAGAGUCCAACAGGGACAAUGCUGCCCAGGAAGUGGCGGACGCUACGAGGACAGACGACACCGUCUAG